UCGUUCGAGUCGUCUAAAGAAAUGGCAGCGAAUCAAUUCUACGAAAACAGAUUUACAAAUUUUCACAAAAAUCAUAUAAAACUAUUUGCUGUUUAUAUGAAAACAGCAAAUUUAAUGCAAAACUCAAACGUGUUAAAGCGAUCACUUUAAACGUGCAAAAUUAUACGUUUCAUAAAAUCUAGUGAAGUUAUAAAAUAUUAUCAUACAUAUACCUACAUGCAUAUGUACAUACCUACAAAUUUUUUUGGAGCUGUCUAGUAGAACAAAAGCAUUGAAUUUUCAAUGAAAUGUUUGCUUUUUAGAACUUUUAAGUUAAUAAAAGUGUAAAGCGGCGGCCGAUUGUUUUAAUAAAAAACGAGCUGGAAAGUGGAGUACAAAGAGAUAUUGGAAAU